UUUCCACCAACCUGGCCUCUUUAAUGGCUUUUGAGCGGCACGCAGCCAGACCUGCGUUCUGCAACACAAGCACACUGGCACGCACGGCUGCAUGAGACGGUCUUGUCCCAGCCAUACUCUAGGCAUCCCCUGGAGGAAUUUCAUUUCCUCUCCUAUUGCUUUCAGUGACUCACUUCCUGUCCCCACUCUGUCUCAAACCUGGAAGGGGGAAAGCAUAGGCAAUACACGCUGCCCCGGUGGUUAUCCAAUACGUAACAAUACGCCCACUACAUCUAUUUAUUUUAAGGACGAAGUGUCAUUUCUAAUGGGCUCAAGAAUACUACCUAGUCUACCAGGGGUCCUGGAGAGAGUCUUCAACUGCAGCACUUGUAUCCCCUGAAGACCUGUCAUUGUUGAGUGCUUGGGCUAUGCCUGCCAUUUUAAUAUCAGUUGAAAGCCAGAAAAGGCAGACAAAUUGCAUCUUCUGCAAGAUAUUCCCAUGAAAUAUCUUCCACAGGGAAAUAUUGGGGUAAUUUUGAAGUACGUCAUCCACCUGGAUAAGCUACAUUUGCCAGUGUUCUCUCUCCAUGGAGAUCAUCUCGUUUACUGUAUUGUGUUGUGUCCGGAGCAGGAGUGGUAGCUGCCAAGCGUGCAGUGGAUCUGGAGGCCUCAAGCUGCCUCCCCGUGGAAGUCGAAGGGGACUGGCCAGCUCGUAGGCACCAGCUGCCAGCCAGACAACAGGGGAAUUCCUUUCCUGAAUUUUCUCUUCUCCCCAAGCCGUUGCAUCAUUUACUCAGAAGAGUUCUGAAUGAAUUGUCUGAUCUGGGGCACUCUAAAAACUCUGGGCCCUGGACUGGAGGGGAAAUAAGAGGUAGAAGGAUAUGUGUCAGUGCUUUUCCCUUGAAGCUACUGUCAUCACCCCUGGAAAAGUUCUGCAGGAAUAAGGGGUGGUAAGAAUGACAAAGGAUCUGGACUGGCUCCCUGUUAUAAGAAAUAAAAACCGAGGCCCAGCAUGCAGUGACCAGCGUGGAGUAUAGAGAGGUGAGAGGCAGCCCUAUGCCUCACCCCUCCAGUUUCCAGAGCUAACUCCAGCUGCCUUCCAGCGCAUCGGACAGCCAACUCAGCCUCAAGGUUUAAAGAAAAGAAACUAGAAGGUUUCCAAUCACCAGCACGUCAAAAACAGAAAAGGAAAAGUCCAAGUGGAUUUUAUUUCUGGACUGAGAUGGGUCUAGAAUCCCCAGCUAAGCCUGGAGAUCCAAAGGUCACCAGCCAGAGGGCAGGAUGGAGAAUGCUCCUCUUCCUCCUGAUGUGCCUGCUGCAGGCCGCCAGUGCACUGAAGGGCCCACGGCUGGUGUCCGGGGAGCCUGGGGGCGCUGUGACCAUCCAGUGCUGGUACCCCCGCCUGGCCAUCAACAGCCACCAGAGGAAGUACUGGUGCCGCCUCGGGCCCCCGGCGGGGGUCUGCCGCACCGUCGUGUCCACCAACCGCUACACGCACCUGCGCUACCGUGGCCGCGUGGCCCUCGCAGACUUCCCCCAAAGAGGCUUGUUUGUGGUGAGGCUGUCCCGGCUGUCCCCGGAGGACGAGGGGCGCUACCGCUGCGGCCUCGGGAGCUCAAACAACGCGCUGUUCUUCAGCAUGAACCUGACGGUCUCUCCAGGUCUUUCCAGAACCAUCCCGACAGCCACGCUGGCCUAUGGUGAGCUCAUCACAGAAUCCUCUGAAACAGCAUCACCCCCAGCAGCCAAAACAUGCACACAAGCAAACACCCAGACAACAGGAAGACAGACGACAGGAUGGGAUACAGUUGCCCUGACUCCAGGAGCCAGGAAAACCAUGGCUUCAGCCACGGAGAGGCAAACCCCAGGACCAACUGCGACGGUGGCUCCAGGGACAGGCAGCCAGGUAGAGCGCUCCGUCAGGGCAACUGUCCCCACUGUGCAGAGUCCGGCUUCAACAGGCAGAGGCGUGACCAGUGCAGCAGCGCGGGGUCUGGUGUGGAGCACCGGCGAUUCAGAAGCAACCAGGGCCAGGGCCAGCAAAAGGAAGAGGGAAACUACUCCUGGGGCCGACAGGCCAAGGGAGGAGACAGAGAGCGUCAGCACAACUCCGGGCACCGCUGAGACAGCCACAGGGACCAUUAGGCCAUCGACCCUGGCCUCAGAAAGAUGGAUGUGGGAAACCCUCCAGGAGGAGACAUCGGCUUCUGAGCCACAGAGCCUGGGCUCCAUUGAAGGGACCACCCCGGCUGUGGCUGUGUGGACCUCAGAGCCAACCCACGUAGAGAUGGCAUCUGCGGAGGGAAGCGGUGAAGUUGACCUUGACACGCCUGCCGGAGACGGUGGUCCCCAAGUGAUGCCGAGCCAGGCCCUGGCAGCAGGGCCCCCGGGGCCCCCGGCCAAGGAGUCUUCGGUAAAGAGCGCUCCUCUGGAAGAGAAGAACUUCUCCGGGAUCCUGACCCCAGUCUCGUCAGCGCUGUGCCCACUUCUGCUGGUGACCCUUGUUCUGUGGAAGAGGAAGCUUCAGAAGAAGAGGAGCUCUCAGAAGACAGGAAAGUCACCAGGGGUCACCUUGAUUCAGAUGACACAGGUCCCCGACCUGGGCCUCCAGCCAGCCCAGCCACCCCAGGUGGGAAGGAAGAGGCUCCAGGCUGACUCUCCUCCUCUCCACGCCGCCUGAGUCUCCCGGCAAGGGACCCGGGACCCUAAGGAAUGGAAGGAUAAGCCGAUCGGUCACUGUGGAAGAGGAACCAGGACCGAACACCAUAGCCCAGCUUCUUCUCUUCCGUCCUCCACGUGAACGAGCUGGGGCAGAGGGGCCUGGGGGAGUGGGACUCUGUCUAGGGAGACAAAGGCUGGGCCAAGGAAGGUCAAGCAUUUUCCAAGGCCAUAGGAGACACUGUGACUCAAAGAAGGCUGCAAGAAAGAAUCAGUUCACUACUGGUAGAGGUCAGUGGACCUAGAUAAGGCGUGAAAUUUCCAUUCCUGGAGGGUUGAAAAUAUGAGAGGUUUACAAUCAAAGUGCAAUAUUAACAAAAUUUCAACGAUCACUCCUAGCCCUUGUAGGUGCUCCCUUUUCUGAUGUCUGUUAGCACCCAGCCUACUGCACACAUUUGAUUCUAUUCGUUUCCAGUAGAUUCUAAGCUCUGGGGGCAGUAAUUGUAUUGUAUUGUAGUAAUCUCACUACAUCCCCGAAGAACUUCAGCUCACUAGAGCCCCCAAUAAAUAAUUGUACUGAACGACUGACUGGAGGGAAAUGGUCUCCGUGGCCUGUGAUGACCCUGCCCAUGAAGAUGCUCUGAACCUCUUUCAAUGUGGGGGGCCCAUAGAUGAUCCCACAGGUCCCUACAUGGGGACCAACAGGAGGAACAUUUAUUCCCCAUUCAUCCCUCCCCACUUGGCCCCAGACUGAUUAUGCCAUAGACCUUUUGACCCAGUCAAGAUUUUCUGGGAUUUUCCUAAGUUCAUGAAGGAAAAGGGUAUUUUUCAGUAGAUUCUCAUCUUCUUCAUAAAGCUCCUCUUAUUCAACUGUUUAUAAAUCCUUGAUACCAAGGACUGAUGAUAAAGCUGGAAAGCAGUUAUGGUAAGAGGGGCGGAUCAGAAAGAGGAUGGCCAAGAGGAACUUUAUGUGGAUUCUGCUUUGCAGCCAUUUUAUCACAUGCUUGUUGGGGGAUUUGGCUCUGGUCCCAGGUGUCACAUCUAGUCAGGUGUCACUUCUGCUCUUUUACUUUGCCAGAUCUCUCAACAAGCUGUUUGAGCUUCAUGUUUGGACAGAGCAGCCCUUGAGCAAUGGAAGAGAAGGGAAAGAAAGGCUCCAGCAUCAAGUCAGGAAUUGUCAGGUAGAUAUUCCCAGAAGGCUGAGCCCUGCCUCCUAAGCUGUCAGCAGCACAGAAAUCCUACCUUACUGCCUCUGCGAAGCUGGGGCUGAACCCAGACACUGUCCAGAGAACAUAAAUAUGAUACAGUCUGCACGAUUUGGGAGAGAAAGACUCACUGUUUUGGUUAAGCAGUGAAGUUGCCUGCACCUAACCAAACAGAUUACAGAACUUCAGCACUACCAGAUCCUCAGAAGUCAACCAGUCUAAAACCCACUGCCCAGGGUAAGAUAGCUGAGACCCUGUGGCGGGACAACCGCUUGCUGAGAGGCACUCAGUUAACCUGCUUAGGAACAGCAGGAUGAGGACUAGAAAGGGAACUCGUGACCUCGACCUAGCGCUUUCCUCACUUCACCUUUGCUAAACAACAUAUCAGAGCAAAAGUCGUCAUCAAGAAUCAAAGACACCACACCCCUAGCUCUAGACCGUUUUCAUGCACAUGAUCUCAAGGGCCUGCCUGAAACACCUGUAAGAGAGACAGAAGAGCCACCAUCAUCCCAUCCCACCGAUGUGGACACAGGCCCUCAGGGGUAUAGAGUCCAACCAUGAUCCCUCAGCUCACUGCAUGCAGGAACGGGAGCAAAUCCAGACUGUACAGGACCACUCUAGCAGUGUUUUCCAGAGGCAUCCACAAAACGCUAGCUUCUGAGGACUUUUAAGAGCUUUUCUCAGGAAAGGGUUUGGUAGAUCAGAGAAGUUUCAGAAACGUGGCUUAAACCAAAAGCAGGUUUUGUGCAGGAUUAUUGGAAGACUUUGAUACACCAAGGUGCAUUGUGAAUAGCCCUGGUGGGAGGGUCAGGGGACAUUGUACGUGUUUCCCUGGGUUUUGGACUAUCGUGUUUAGCUUGGAGCGAUCUCACAGGACUGGGCUCCUCAAAGCAUUCCUUGUUUGGGGAAGCCUGAUGCACUGAAUCAGGGGUCACAGACCUUUUCUAUAAAGGGCCAGAGAGCAAAUACUUCAGCCUCUGAAGGCUGUAAAGCCUGUGUUGCAACCGCUCCACUCCGCCCUGGCAGCCCAGAAGUGGCCAAAAACCAUCCUGAAGUGAAUAACUUUGGGCUGUAUUCCAACAAAACUAUUUACAGAAGCAGGCCACAGGCUGGAUCUGGCUCAAGAGCGGUAAUUAAUUUACAGCCUUAAUGCCAAUCCCUGCAUUAAACCGUAAAACCAACUGAGGCUCUCCACUUCCCACUCUGAUACGGAGGAUCUGACUCCAACCUCUUCUAACUUCCCUUGACCACCCUUGCUGGCACCUUCCUCCUUCUGCGCCCCUGUGAGCCUCUUUCUGGGGUGCAGCAGUUGGGCAUUCUGCCUGACCACCUGCCUGGGGG